AGAUAAUUCAGCCCAUUCAGCCACGCUGAAUCCCAUCACAGAGUUCAUUUCCAAGUAAAAAUGCCCCAUUAUAAUCAGUCUAAUGACCUGGCUGGGAGAGCUAAAGUCCAUCAGCCCGAUGAAUGACUGCCCGACAGCCCGAGUCAGCAGGAUGGCAUCUUUGACUGUGGCGAGGAGCCAGAGCACUUAAGCCUGCAGCACCUCUCCAUAUUGUUCUGUCUGCCAUGCAACAAAACCAGGGCCUCCGCUGCAAAACACAGCCGAGAGCAGCAGCGCUGAGCCGCAGACAGACGGGGCAGGUCAGGGGGCUGAUGGUGGACAAGCUGGACAGUCACGCAAACAUAGCUUUGGCGAUAUUCGGCUUGGAUUUGUCUCUGCUGUGAUAUAUCUGUUAUAAUGACCAGCAACCAGGAGGCCAGACACUUUGAUACGAUGACCACAGCAGCUGCUCCAGAGGGUGAUAACACAAGGUCCAGACAGGAACAAGAGGAGAAGCUGAUCCUGACAGCCUGGCAGAACAUGUCCUCAGCUCUGCAGCAGCACAGUCUGUGUGAGUGCUCCACAGCGCCAGGCCCGGCUCAGUCUUUCCUGUCCAAGCAGAGGCAGUCCACCCAGGCCAGGAGGGCCCUGUCGCCCCGGCUGCAGCCCAGGUAGGAGCCUCCACCUACAGGGAGAAGUGGAGGAGUG